AACCAGCCAAGUCACAUGAGGCUGACUCAGCCUGAGCUAAAUGAACUUCGACGCCAGUUGGAUUACCUGCUCGAGAAAGGUUUCGUUCACCCCAGCACUUCCCCGUUCGCAGCUCCGAUCCUGUUCACCCCGAAGAAAGAUGGCGGUCUACGAAUGUGUAUUGACUACCGCGCCCUGAAUCGGGUUUCCAUCAAGUCCCGCUACCCUAUCCCGCGUGUCGACGAACUCAUUGACCAACUUAAUGGAGCCAAGUUCUUUUCGAAAAUUGACCUUCAAGGCGGUUACCACCAGAUACGUGUGAACGAAGCUGACUGCUACAAGACGGCGUUUCGAACCCGGUACGGAAGUUAUGAGUACACGGUUAUGCCUUUUGGCUUAACAAAUGCACCUUCGACGUUCCAGUUGACAAUGAACGAAGUAUUUCGGCCGCUACUGGAUAAAUGCGUCAUCGUGUACCUCGACGACUUCCUAAUAUACAGCACUAACCGGGAACAGCAUUUGAAGGAUUUGGGAGCAGUCUUCUCUCUCCUGCAGCAACACCGACUCGUCACCAAUGGCUCUAAGUGCGAGUUUCUCAAACAAGAACUGGAGUUUUUGGGACACUAUAUUUCCAUCAACGGAGUUAAAAUCGACCCCAAGAAGAUCGCGACAAUUCAAGACUGGAAGCCGCCGGCUAAUCUCCAUGAACUUCAAAGGUUCCUGGGGUUUGUGAAUUACGUUCGCCGGUUCAUUCCGAACAUGGCGUGGGUAACUUCCCCUCUCACGGAUCUCAGACAACUGAAUUCGGCCGAACGAAAUUAUCCUGUCCACGACAAGGAGUUACUCGCCAUCGUCCAUGCUUUCAAGGUCUGGCGCUGCUACCUGACGGGUGCUGACGUGACAGUCCGAACAGACCACAAAUCACUACAGUUCAUCCGCGCCCAAUCGACACUAAAUCAUCGACAGAUUCGCUGGCUCGAUUACCUCGAGUCAAAAUUUCACUACAGAGUCACCUACAAAUGGGGGGUUAGCAACAUCACCGACGCAUCAUCCCCAACUAACAGUCAAGCAAGGGGCCUAUUACCUAAAAUCUGGUACCAAUCGGAUUUGGGUUCCCGCCUACCGUACCCUACGCGAGCUACUGAUACAGGAGGCACACGACUCGAAUUUCUCGGGUCACUACGGCAUCAAAAAACUGCCAAAUUACUGAGCCGUAAUUAUUACUGGCUUGACUUGUCGACAGACGUGCAGCAGUACGUCACCUCCUGCGCCACGUGUCAAGGCAUGAAGUCUUCACGGCUUCAACCUGCGGGAUUACUGCAGCCGCUCGAGCCACUCAGCCGACCCUUGCAACAGGUGACGAUGGAUUUCGUCACUGGCCUGCCAGCUGGUUCAAGCGGUAACGACGCGAUUCUCGUCGUCGUUGACCGGUUGACCAAGAUGGCCCACUUCGCCACCAGCAAGACGACAGUUACUGCCGAGCAGACAGCGAAACUGUUCCUCACGAACAUCGUGCGGCUCCACGGCAUUCCUUCGACAAGCAUCAGCGAUCGCGACCCUCGGUUCACGUCCAACUUCUGGACAAAAACCUGGCAGCAGUACGGCACACGUCUGCAUCUGUCCACGGUGUACCACCCGCAAUCGGACGGCCAGACUAAGCGCACCAAUCAGACGAUGGAGCAGCUGAUUCGCACAACGUGCACAGACCCGGCCCAAUAGGAAGACUCCCUUCCCUUGAUCGAGUUUGC